GGAGGGUGCGCAGUAGCGUCCCAGUCCCACAGUGACACGCAGCCUGCAGGAGUACUAGCUCCACACCGCCAUACAAACUCCCGUUUAUGAAGUGAAUUCCGAGACACCAUGGUAGGCACUCGCGUGUAUGUUGGUGGACUCAGCUACCGUGUUGGGGAGAGGGAUCUUGACAGAUUCUUCAGAUCAUAUGGCAGCUUAAGGGACAUUGUUAUCAAGAAUGGCUUUGGUUUUGUGGAGUUUGACGAUGACCGUGAUGCAGAUGAUGCUGUCUACGAGAUGAAUGGAAAAGAGCUUCUUGGUGAAAGAGUAACAGUGGAGAAGGCACGUUCUGCUCCACGGAUGCGCUGGCCUCGGGCACCACCACCAAGAGGAUUUCAUUCCAGUCGAUUUGGCAUGGCUGCCCGAACAGAUUACCGUCUAACUGCUGAGAACCUCUCUAGUAGAGUGUCCUGGCAGGAUCUCAAAGAUUUUAUGCGCCAAGCUGGUGAGGUCACGUACGCAGCCGCGCACGAAUACCGAAGAAAUGAAGGUGUGGUGGAAUUUGCUACCUAUGCAGACAUGAAGAAUGCCCUUCACAGAUUAGAUGGCAAGGAACUACAUGGAAGACGUAUUCAUCUUGUAGAUGAAUCGAAAUCGAGGAGUUCUAGAUCCAGAUCCAGGUCAAGAUCAUCCUCGCGAUCGAGAUCUCGUUCACGAUCACGUACUCGUUCCAGGUCGCGCUCCCACUCCCGUUCUCACAGCCGCUCUCUUUCAAGGAGUGGUGGCCACAGCAAGAAACGCCGCUCAAAGUCCAAGUCACGUUCAAAGUCUGGCUCUCGCUCAAGAUCAAGGUCAGGCUCAGAGAGGUCCAAGUCAAGAUCCAGAUCCAGGUCAAGAUCAUCCUCGCGAUCGAGAUCUCGUUCACGAUCACGUACUCGUUCCAGGUCGCGCUCCCACUCCCGUUCUCACAGCCGCUCUCUUUCAAGGAGUGGUGGCCACAGCAAGAAACGCCGCUCAAAGUCCAAGUCACGUUCAAAGUCUGGCUCUCGCUCAAGAUCAAGGUCAGGCUCAGAGAGGUCCAAGUCAAGAUCCAGGUCUCGUUCCCAUAGCCCUACCCCAGAGAAGAGAAAAUCACGUAGUCGCUCAAAAUCUGCAGCAGCAGAGACCGAUUCCGAAGAAGAAAAGUAGAUCAGAGUCUUACUGUGGUUGUGGAUUAUGUAUCUGCUCUCAGUACAAUUGGAUGAUCAUCUCUCAGAUUAAAAUGAUGUAUAUUUCCCAGCAUUUUUAAAGUCCUUGGCUACACAGGAAUUAUAUAUUUUUAAUGUUAAAUACAUUAUAAGAUUGACAUUUGAAAGAUUUUCCUCCUAGGCAUCGAAGAACGAACCAGUCAUUAUUGCCAUUAUCUUGGCAGUGAGAUUGAUUUUCAGUCCGUAUAAAGAAAAACCUCUAAUCUGCAAUGUUCAGUAUACUUGUUGUUCCCCAGGGAGCCUGUUAUUAUAGAAUAUGAAAGUAAUGAACAUGCACACACAAGCUAAUGUAAAAUAGUUCGCAUCAUAUUAGAGCACAUUAGUACAGCUGCUUUUUCUACACCCCAUUGAAACUGGGUUGAGAUUUGUGUGAAUUCUUAAAAAUUACACCCACUGUGUAAUUUA